AUGGGCCACAACAAUCGACAGGCGAAGCUGAAGCUGGACUUCAUCAUCGUAGGAGGCGGAUUAGCGACAGCCCACGCUCUUGCAUCAUCGGGACACCGUGUGCGAGUGUUCGAAAAGUCUCCUAUGGGGAACGGUUCCCAAGCUGGUGGCUUUCGAAUCACACCCAACGGGUACAAGGUGCUUCAGCAAUGGGGUGCCUUAGAUGAGUUCACGAUGCGGGGAUGGAAGAUGCCAUCGACCGAAUAUUACGAUAUGGAGACAGGUGAGAGCAUCGGGUAUCUUGGCUGGAAAGAGGAAGUAUUGCGCGAGCUUGGAGGAGAGUUCUAUACUAUUCUCCACCGCGAUCUUCAUGAUAUUGUCCACGAUCUUGCUGUCAAAUCCGGCGCUGAAAUCAUGAAAGACGCUGCUGUCACUUCCGUUCUUCCUCCUCUUGAAGAUAGCCCUGUCGAAUCAUCGCCCAGUUCGUCGAAGCCAGGAUGUGAUCCUUCAAAGCCCUCCAUCGUCCUCUCUACCGGACAGUCCUUCCAGGCUGAUAUCAUCAUCGGAGCAGAUGGUGGCCGUAGUCUCGUCCGACAAGUCAUCGAACAAGUGCCCAAACUACCCACCACAAAUACAGCAGUCUAUAAUGCCACCAUCCCUAUCAAGAAGAUGCAGGACGACGAAGGGCUGAAGGAGGUGACUGAGAUUGGCCAUAAUAUCUGGAUGGGUAAUAGGUGUUGUGUAAUGGCCUAUCCCGUUUGCAGCAAGAAGGCUUGGGUGUUCACGUUCUGGCAGAACGAAGAGUUGAAUGACGAGGACCCAGUAGGGUGGGGUACCCCAGUCCCGUCGAGUUGUCUGAAAUAUGACAAGCUGGACCCACGAUUACGAACUGCGAUCGCUAACAUCUCGACGCUCGAACGCGUCACGACUAGCUAUCUACCCUCCGCAAACUCCUGGGUCGACAAAUCCGAAACAAUCCUUCUCAUCGGGGAGGCUGCCCAUCCAUUCCCACCCUGCGGCAUGCCCAGCGCGACAAUAGUCCUCGAAGAGGCUUCUUUCCUCGGCACCCUAUUCUCCCACCUUCGCAGCCGAACUCAAAUCGCCUCCUUCCUCUACACCUUCGAAAAUCUCCGCAGAUCUCGCACACACACACUACACGCAGCCGAACUCGACAAUAUCACAAUCUUCUCCCUCCCACCCGGACCGGAGAGAAAGGCCCGCGACGACGUAUGGAGAGAGCAGAAGAAAGCAUACGUGAAUCGAGAAAUUGGCAAGGGGUCUGGUUCUACGAGCGGGAGUGCCAGAGGUAGCGGAGAAGGCGAGCAUGAACUAGGUGAUACGAACUCGGAAGCGGAGAAUCAGGAAUUGUUGAGGCAGUGGCAAGAACUGUUCGAGAUUUGGGGAUAUGAUGCCAGGGAUGCGGCGGAGAGUUGGUGGGUCGAGUGGGGUAUACUUGGUGAGAGGGCGUUGAACAUGGAUAUGCGGAAUGCGACGGAGCUGCAUGCGCGUUAUGAGACGGAGAUUUCUAGAGGGAGGGAUGCACUUGGGUUUCAUAACGUGGAGGUGGUUGCACCGCACAGUUGA